AUGACUGAGCCAGAGGAUCUUGAGGAAGAUCUCUUCGCUGACCUCUAUGAUGCAGAUGACACUACUCAGAGCGCAGCGGCCUCAGCUGCCCCAGCUGCUACACCCAGCUUUCCAGAGCCCCAAGAGUCGCAACUGCAACCACAAACUGAAGUGAACGCGGAGUCUGUGCCUCCUCCACAGCAACAAUCCACCGGCAAUGGCCAAAGCUACCAUCACGACACACAGAUAGAGCAACAGCAUCCGACGAAUGGGGAACAGCAAACUGGUGUUAACGAGCCAACUCCAAUAACACAGGAUACUGAGCAUCGUGCAGCCAAUGUAGAGCCAGGUAGUCAUGGAACGGGUAUUAAAGAAGAUGGGUAA